AUGUUGCGUCCUAUACCAGCGGUCGGUCUUGCGAGUGCACUCGUCCAGACCAUAGAUUUCAGCAUCAACGCACUUCGCAAGGACCACCCCAUCUUCCAGCCUAGCUCACCUUCGACAACGCCGUUCGUGGAGAAUGCAGCUUUCCUGCAGGACAUCAUACACAAUCUGUACCGCCUAACCGACCUAAUUGACCACUCUGAGCUCAAGGAGCUAUACGACGAGAAAUCUGCAAAAAGCGCAAAAGCAGCCAAGAAACUUAGCGAGGCUGCGUUGCAAUUGCUGAAGCAUGCCGAUUUGGUCAAAGAGCUGACGGCUUCGUUCAUUGACGCAGUUAUCGCUGCACAAGAGAAAGGAAAGUUUGGCGAUCCGCGAUGGCCUACUGCUCGCGAGGCACUGUUGAACGGGGUGUGGAAGAAGGCCCACCUUACAGGUGUGAAGAAGAGGUAUCGAGCUCUUCGUCGCGACAUUGAGACGAGUCUGCUGUUGGCUAUGCGCCAGUAUCUUGACCAGUCAAUUGAAACUGGUCUUGCUUUGUUUAGCGGUGAGGAAGGCGUGCACACGAAGCACUGGGAAAAAUGGCAGAAUCAAACGCUUGACAUGAUCCACAGCAACGAUUGGAAGAGUAAUAAGAAGAAGGAUGUCGAAGAAUUUUCCAAGCAAGUCGAUGCAUUGAUUCAGGCGGAAAACGAAGCAUACUUUCGCGCGACAAUCUUCGAUAGGCUGUGGUUCGAGGAGAUGGACGAGAGAUUGAAUAGUAUCCCUGCACCAGUCGAUGGAGGCUUUGAGUGGGUAUUCGGAGACGCCUCGAGACAAGUUGGCGGAUUGCUGGAGUGGUUUACCAAUACAAGAGGCGAAGAAAUAUAUUGGCUCACUGGUGCGUCUCUACCUCUUGCGAUCCCGCUGUUUGAUCCCUAA